AUGGCUAACAACGGUGUCUUCGUGCUGUCUCGUCCUCGGCUCGGCAGCAACACACGCUUCACAGGACGACGAGUCCACAUCACCAUCGAGUUGCUCCAGCAAAACGCUGGAUUGCCUCAAGCCCAGGUAGCUGAAAGACUGGUGCGUCUCCCCCUCCUCUCUAUGGACGGCCGAGUGACUUCCUGCUUGGCACAGGGCAUCUCGCUGACUGCCUUGAAGGGAGCAUGCCGGCAGCUGGGAAUUCCAAGAUGGCCAUGUGCGCGCCACUUGGCUGCACAACAACAAGAGAACAGCCAAGACGCGACAGCAGCGCAAGACCGAGAUGAGUCGCCUUCGUCAUCAGAUCAUGACAGAGAGUCUGACGGCUCGGGCGGCGUCUUGGACGAGUCCCCCGACGACCCCUCUGCUGCUCCCUCCAGCAGCUUCUUUUCUUGUGAGUCCAUAACUCCACACCAUGUGCGCGAAGACGCUGUCUUGCAGCCAAGCAUGCAGAUGCCCGUAGAGAUGAUGUCGAGCGACCAUCUCCCAGGCGAGCUGCUACCUCCGUAUGAGCUCCCGAUGGCAUUGCAAGGGGGCUCUGAGGGCGGGUUGCACGAUAGGGUGGUGGUGGAUCCGGACUGGCUGGAGUGGUACAUGCAACCAAGCGGGAGAAUGGAAGAUGAAGGAGUCUCUAUCAGCUACACGGCUCCUACUGAACCUCGUCAUGGCUGA